AUGGGUGAGCAGGCCUUCAUAUUAAUAAAUGGUCCUCUCAUCUUCUUUAACCUCACUGUGAAUAUCUUCUAUGCGUGUUCCUUGAUCUUCCCACCGUGCAACACACAACGACUCAAGCAGCCUUUAAAGGUGCUGCUGGGAUUUCUUGUCUCAUGCUCAAUUAUGUAUUGUGUUUCUUUGGCUUCACUGCUUUGUGUGUUAAAGGAAGAAACCAGUUUAGAAAUGUUUCUUGUGCCAUUGAUAAUUGUGAGGCUCUAUGUGACUUAUAGCAUGACGUGUUCGGUUUUGCUCAACUUCUACUACUACAUCCAGAUUGUCCCUAUACAGCGAGCUCUUCUGAUCUGGGUAAAAAGGAACAUCAAGUCUGUCAUGUACAUGAUUUUGCUUUUUAACGGGACCUUUAUUUUGUUCUGUUGUGCCGUUUUUACUGCAGGUGAACUAUUUCAAAGCAGUGGGCUCACUAAUAUCAGCAAUACAUGGACUGAAUAUCAGAUUGAUGGACUGUACUUCACAUACCAAGUUUGUUUCUUCAGCAUCAACGUGUAUAUCUUCUUAUGUCUGUGUAUAUGUAUGGUUUCUAGCUUUUCCACGGCCCACUACCUGCAUCAACACAUAAAACGUGUGGCACAGCCUGGCGGCUUCUUCUCCACUCCGAGAAUUCAAAGUCAGCUGAGAGUCACUGUCACUGGGAUCUCUCAAGGAGUGCUGUACUUCCUCUAUGCCACCUUCUAUUUCUUUGAUUCGUUCACCACCCUGUAUACCUUGAGCUUUUACUUUAGUGCUUGGUUCUCCUUCAUGUUCACCUCGCUGUACACGUUUGGCACCACGGUCAACUUGGCCAUUGGUCAGGUUAUAUUCAGGCAAAGGGCAGUCGAUGUCUGGAAGGCACUCAAAGCACUGUGUGGCGUUGGCAUGGUAACACGUGAUAUGAAAAUGAACCCCAGCCGGUUGACAGCAGGUGAAAUGGCUAAUACUGCAACUGUUGAUGUCCAAAUGUCAGUGUGA